CCCAGACCACGUUGAUGCUGUUGUGCCCACCCCGCCUCCCUCCUCCCCUUUUACUCCGGCGUUCCCCCCAUACCUUCUUCCAGUGAUGGCUAUGAGUACCGACCCGGGCUGCAGAAGGGACGACUCUGACCCUGACUCAAUGACCCCUGACCCCAGUAACCUCACCGCCAUGAUGGCCGCAGUCACCAUGAAGACCACCGAGACAGACGUCUCACCGGCCAAUGGCGUGAGGAACGGGGCUCAGCAGGACGGAGCUAAAAGAGGCCCUCCUUCGCGGGCACACCUCUCAGGGAGGAAGCUGUCGCUACAGGAACGAGGGACGUACCCAUCAGGGGGGACUCACGUCUCCCCCCGUGUGGCACGCAGACCCACCGUGGAGUCCAAGCAGGUCUCCAUCUCAGAUGCAGAGGACUGUAUCCAGCUGAACCAGUACAAGCUGAAGAGUGAGAUCGGCAAGGGCUCCUACGGGGUAGUCAAACUGGUCUACAAUGACAAUGAUGACAAUCACUAUGCCAUGAAGGUGGUGUCCAAGAAGAAGCUGAUGAAGCAGUAUGGAUUUCCACGUCGCCCCCCUCCGAGAGGACCCAAGGCUGCGGUCCAGGGGGAGCAGCCCAAAGUCCUAGGCCCCCUGGAGAGGGUGUACCAGGAGAUCGCCAUCCUCAAGAAGCUGGACCAUCUCAACAUAGUCAAACUGGUGGAGGUGUUGGAUGAUCCUGCAGAGGACAACCUUCACAUGGUGUUUGAUUUGAUGCCAAAGGGUCCAGUGAUGGAGGUCCCCACAGACAGCCCCUUCACUGAGCAGCAGACACGCCUCUACUUCAGAGACAUCGUCUUGGGCAUGGAGUACUUGCACUACCAGAAGAUAGUCCACCGGGACAUCAAGCCUUCUAACCUGCUGCUGGGUGACGACAGUCAUGUGAAGAUUGCUGACUUUGGGGUCAGUAACCAGUUUGAGGGCAACGAUGCCCUGCUAUCCUCCACAGCUGGGACUCCUGCCUUCAUGGCUCCAGAGACCCUGUCAGACAUCCGCCAGAGCUUCAGUGGCAAGGCUUUGGACGUAUGGGCCAUGGGAGUAACUCUCUACUGCUUUGUGUUUGGGAAGGGUUUUUCACAGAACUGA